AAAAAAAAAAAAAAAAGGUCUUACAAACGCAGAACUCUCUCUCGCCGACUUUACCACUCAAACCAUCCCUCUGCCUCUGGAUUGAGUGACUUGAGUCGAGAAUUAUGGAGGUUAACGGGAAGGAUGAUCUUAAUGUGCCACUAUUGAAGUCUUCGGAUGAUUUUGUGGUUGAUAUCCCUCAACCAACUAACAACAAAGAAAGGAAAAUUAGGACGGUUAAGUUUAAAAUAGGGGAGAUCAAGUGUGCAUCAUGUUCAACAACUGUAGAAUCUUUGCUGCAAAAGCUUGAUGGGAUUGAGAAUGCUGUUGUUUCACCACUUCAAGGCCUUGCUGCCAUCAAUUAUAUUCCAGAGCUCAUCAAGGUAAAAAAAAUCAAGGAAGCCAUAGAAGAAGCAGGUUUUCCAGUUGAUGAGUUUCCAGAACAAGACAUAUCAGUAUGCAGACUUAGGAUUAAAGGAAUGGCAUGCACUAGCUGCUCUGAGUCUAUUGAACGUGCCCUUCAAAUGAUUGAUGGAGUGAAAACAGCAGUGGUUGGUCUGGCCCUUGAAGAAGCAAAGGUCCACUUUGAUCCUAACCUCACUGAUACUGAUUGCAUCAUUGAAGCAAUUGAAGAUGCAGGGUUUGGAGCUGAACUCAUUAGCUCGGAAAAUGAUGCAAACAAAGUGCAUUUGACAGUUGAAGGAGUUAAUUCUCCAGAAGAUUUGACCAUUAUUCGUUCCUCGCUUGAGUCAGUUGUAGGUGUGACUCAUGUUGAAAUGAACUUGGAAGAAAAUAAGAUUACUGUUGCCUAUGACCCAGACCUCAAUGGUCCAAGGUCUCUUAUUAAUUGCAUUAAAGAAGCUGGAAAUGGCUCCAAAUCAUAUAAUGCAAGCUUGUUUGUUGCUCCAAUUCGAAGAGAAGCUGAGCAGCAGCAGGAAAUUCGGAUUUAUAGGGACCAGUUUUUCUUGAGCUGCAUAUUUUCAGUUCCAGUAUUUGUCUUCUCCAUGUUACUCCCGAUGCUUCCUCCUUACGGGAACUGGUUGGAUUACAAGAUUCACAACAUGCUCACCAUUGGGAUACUUCUAAGGUGGAUUCUUUGUACACCUGUGCAGUUCAUCAUUGGUCGAAGGUUUUAUGUGGGAUCAUAUUAUGCUUUGAGACGAAAAUCAGCUAACAUGGAUGUUCUAGUUGCUCUAGGCACCAAUGCCGCAUAUUUUUACUCCAUGUAUAUACUGAUAAAAGCAUUGACUUCAGACAAAUUUGAGGGGCAGGAUUUCUUUGAAACAAGUGCCAUGUUGAUAUCCUUCAUUCUCUUAGGGAAAUAUCUGGAAGUUCUGGCUAAAGGAAAGACAUCAGAUGCUUUAUCAAAGUUGACUGACCUUGCUCCUGAUACAGCUCAUCUGUUGACAUUGGACAAUGAUGGAAAUGUUGUCUCUGAGGAAGAAAUUAGCACUCAGUUAUUACAAAAAAAUGACAUAAUUAAGAUUGUUCCAGGUGCAAAAGUUCCUGUUGAUGGCAUUGUUAUCGAUGGGCAAAGCCAUGUUAAUGAAAGCAUGAUUACAGGAGAGGCAAUACCCAUAGCUAAAGGACCUGGUGACAAGGUUAUUGGUGGCACUAUGAAUGAGAAUGGAUGCUUACUGGUUAAGGCCACUCAUGUUGGGUCAGAGACUGCACUUUCCCAAAUUGUUCAACUUGUUGAAGCAGCACAGCUUGCCAGAGCUCCUGUUCAGAAACUAGCAGACAAGAUAUCGAGGUUUUUUGUUCCUACAGUCGUUGCUGCAGCAUUUUUAACAUGGCUGGGAUGGUUUAUCACCGGACAAGCUGGUGUUUAUCCUGAAUAUUGGAUACCAGAAGCAACUAAUAAAUUUGAGCUCGCCCUGCAGUUUGGUAUUUCAGUGCUAGUGGUUGCCUGCCCGUGUGCUCUGGGACUAGCAACCCCUACAGCGGUCAUGGUUGCCACAGGGAAGGGUGCUUCACAAGGUGUGCUUAUUAAGGGAGGAAAUGCACUUGAAAAGGCUCAUAAGGUGAAAACAGUUGUUUUUGAUAAAACAGGGACACUGACAGUUGGAAAACCAGAAGUAGUCAGUGCAGUGCCCUUUUCCGGUUACUCCAUGGAGGAGUUUUGUGAUUUGGCUACCGCUGCAGAGGUAAACAGUGAGCAUCCUUUGGCAAAAGCUGUGGUGGAACAUGCUAAGAGAUACCGUCAAAAGAUUGGGUCCCACACAAAGCAUUUCACAGAGGUGAAGGACUUUGAGGUGCACACAGGAGCGGGCAUUAGUGGCAAAGUCGGUGAUGCAACAGUUUUGGUAGGGAACAAGAGGCUGAUGCGAGCUUGUAAAGUCCCAAUUGGUCCUGAGGUUGAUGAUUAUAUUUCAAAAAAUGAGCAACUCGCUCGAACAUGCAUGUUAGUGGCCAUUGAUGGGAAGGUUGCUGGAGCUUUUGCUGUAACUGAUCCAGUGAAGCCAGAGGCUAAGCUUGUCAUCUCUUUCCUCCGCUCAAUGAGCAUCUCAAGUGUCAUGGUGACUGGUGAUAACUUGGCUACUGCAACUGCCAUUGCUAAUGAGGUUGGCAUUGACAAGGUGUUUGCUGAGACUGAUCCACUGGGAAAAGCUGACAAGAUCAAAGAAUUGCAGAUGAAAGGAAUGGCUGUGGCAAUGGUUGGAGAUGGAAUAAAUGACUCACCAGCUUUAGCUGCAGCAGAUGUUGGCAUGGCAAUUGGUGCUGGCACUGAUGUAGCUAUAGAAGCAGCCGAUAUAGUUCUUAUCAAGAGUAACUUGGAAGAUGUGGUUACAGCCAUUGAUCUCUCUAGAAAGACUAUGUCCCGAAUUCGGCUUAACUACGUUUGGGCCCUUGGCUACAACAUCCUUGGCAUGCCAAUUGCUGCUGGAAUUUUGUUCCCCUUCACUGGAAUUCGCUUACCACCUUGGCUUGCAGGUGCUUGCAUGGCUGCUUCAUCCAUUAGUGUGGUUUGUUCUUCCCUCUUAUUGCAGUCUUAUAAGAAGCCUCUGCAUGCUAGAAUGCCAUAGGAGCCAUGCCUAUCGUUGCUUGGUUGAAGCUGGUGUAGACGUGUAGUACUACAAAGCCAUGCCUAAUAGUUUCAUUGAUUGACUUACAAUAAAAAAUCAAUUCUUAACUAAAGAUAGAUUGCUGCAGUGGGGUUGUAAUCGUGAUGUAUAAUGUAAUUUCUGGGAUCAUUAGAGGGUAAAUAUCAUCUGUAAUAUUAGCACAGCUUUUUCUAAUUGAAUUGGGUAGAGCUUAUAAUUUUUAUGCUCAAUAAUCGGGCAGAUUGAUUCAUAGGAUUCAGAACUAGUAGACUGUGGUCCAGGGCAAUGUCAUGUGGGAGGUCCCCUCCUCUUCCCCCCAACCCCCCUAAAAGAGAAAGAAUUGGCCUCUCUGAAAAAGAAUGAGGUGGUCUUCACUUCUCUCCUUCUGAUGGCAUAUCAAUUUGGGGUUGUUCCUGUGUUCCCAUUCUCUUUCUAGUUUUUCAGUCUGGCUGAAAAUUCUCUCUCUUUUAUAAUCUCUUUUCAUCCCCCU